AUGUCUGAUAAAAUUGUAAUUAAAGAAAAAGAUUAUGAUUUUUUUUCAAGAAACCGUCUGAAGAAAUAUCAUCAAACAACUUAUAACCCAUUAAAAGAAGAUCGUUUAUAAAAAAAAGAAUCCGUAAAUAAUGCAUUUAAAAUAAUUUCAGAAGUAACAAAUAAAACUAAAAACAACAUCAAAACAGAAGGUGAUUUUGUUGAUCCUUUAUCAAAACGGACAAGUUCAUAAUUAUAUAAUCCUUUAUUACGUCCAUAAUAAUAACAAUCUUUAUUUUUUAAAAAAGAAGAAUCUUUAGUUGAUUAAAAUAAAAGAGUUGUUAUUAUUAAAGAUGAUAAAAAUUCUCGAUAAUAAUUAUCAGACGAAGUAUAAAAUAUACUUUGGGAACAAAUAAGAAAGGAUUUUAUGAAAAUAUUUGAUUUUAAAGUUUAAGACUUAAAAAAUUAAGUUAUAAAUCCUUUCGGAUAAUCUGCUCUAACAAUAGAUGAAAAAAACAAAUUUAAAUAAGCCUAAAGUGGCUCAAAUAAGAUGGAAUAUGAAUAAUCAUCAUAAUAAAAGAUAUAAAAUUAAAUGAUAACUAUGAAAUCUUACAUAGAUUAUCUAUCUGAUAUGCAUUCUAAAAUGAAAAAGAAAUGGAAUGAAUAAGAUAAAGUUGGUACUUUAUAAAUUACAAUUUAAGCUAUAAAACUAUUCAAUGACAAUGAACAACCUAAAUUUUCUCCUUACAAAUACGUUUAUAUAAUGGAUAUUUUAGACAGUUUUUCCAAAUUCGUUUUCCAAAGAAUGAAAAAGCUCGCUUUUCCAACUUAUAAUGCCGAAAAAUUAAAAAACUUGACCUUCUUUGAUAUUUCCGGUUCUAAUAUUCCUGAAAGUUGCCAAGAAAUAUGCAAAAACUGGUUAAGAAAAGUCAGUUCUAUCCGAGAAUUAGUUCCCCGAAUAUAUAUAGAAGCAGCUUUACUUCCUAUAAAUUAUUUCAUAGACUCAUCUAAUAUAUAAUAAUAAUUAUUAAAAUUAUCUUAUUAAAGCAGAAGUAUAGGUGAUUAUAUUAACAGUAUAAAUUAUAAUAUAUUUAUAUUGAGAAUCGGGGCAGAACUUCUCCCUAAAGAAAAAUCUCAUAUUUUAUAACAACUAGAAGACUUUUUUUAUUAUAUGCAUUAACCCUAAUUUAAUUCAACAGGAUUAAUAGGGGAAGAAUAUAUGAAACUUUUCGAACCUUUUUUAUUAACUGCAUUUAGGUUUUAUUCCGAAAAUUGCAGUGAUGCUGAAUUCGCGGAUCUUUUUGGACUUUUUACAAAAUCUAAUUAACAUUCGGCAGUUCUUAUUUAAAUAAUAUAGAGUUUUUCACCUUAACUUAUUUGCUCUUCUGCAAGAGAGAUAUUUAAAAUUAUUUAAAGCUAUCAUGUUGACCAUAAAUUUAAAAUAUAUAACUUAUUUAUACCUAAAUUGGUUAAAAGUAUACAAAAUUAACCACUUCCAAAUGAAAUAUUAAACUUGAUUUGGCUUGAUGUUUCCGAAGUUAAUAAUUUGACGGUUUUUUUAGAUAUUCUAGUUCCAUAUAUUGAAUUAGUAAAUAAAAUUUUCAAAGGAUAUAAAAAGACUUAGGCUUUUUAACUUAUUAUUGAGAAGUUUAACUAACUUUUUAAUUCUGUAGAAAAUUCAGAAAUGCAUGUUUUUGAAAAAUUAGAAGAUUUUAUAAAGACCAUUUUAUCUAAUUGUGAUGACGUGGGGGAAAUUUUAACUAUUGAACCUUUCUUUUAGUUUAUUUCUUUUUUUCCGCCUUAAAUGAAAGUCUCUGUUAGUAAAAAAGUUCUUAAGUUAUUCAUGGAAAGAGAUAGAUAGGAAAAAAUUUAAGAUCCAUUAGCUAUUCAUGCUAUUUUAUAAAUUGCGAAAAAUCUAAAUGAAAUAGAAUACAAAAAUCCUGAAGAAAAAAAAGAAAUAUUCGAUCUACUUGAAAAUUUCUUUAAUAAAAUAGAUUUUGGCAUUGAUUUAGAAUAAAUUUUAAACUUCUGUACUGAAAUAAGAAGUUCUUUCGGCUAUAUAUAAGAAAUAAUAAUCUAUCUAAUCGAAAAAGUCAAUUCCCUAUCAUUUUUUGCCCGUUCGUUUAUCAAAAACAAUAAAUAAUCGAAAAAAAUAACUGGGUUUUUAUAAGCCUGUAUAGCUUUUUGUUAUAUAACAAUCCCUAUGAUAGAAGAUAAUUUUCUUUAAUUUAAGCUUUAUGUCCAAAAUUCGUAAGUUGCUCUUCUUCAUAAUCUUAUUUCUUAAUCUGAGUCGGCUUUUAAAACUGCUCUUUAAAUAUUAUCUGAAAUUCCAGAAUAAUAAUAGACUAUAAGUGAAGAUUUGCUUAAGAAUUUUUUAUCAAAUAUGGUUUCUUUUUUAAUUGUUUUGCCAGAAAAUCCAGAAAAUGAUAUGCUUUAUAUUUUUUAAGGAUUUUUGAAUAUACUUAAUUUAUAUAAGUGGUAAGGAUUUUGUCCUGAGUAUUAUUAGUUGUGUUUAAUUUAGGACUUUUUAAUUUACUUAUGUGUGUAAAUGUAAUAGAAUCUUCCUUAUCAUAUUGACGGGGUUAGAUCUAAUGAUAAACUUUUUAAUAAUAAGGAGUUUAGUGAUGCAAUUUAGGUUUAAGUUGAGGGAUUAGUUUAUAAAUGUAAGGAAAUUAUUAAUGUUUCUAUCUCAAAAUAAUAUGAUUAAAGAGUAUUUAUAUAUAUAAAUUAUUUUAAUUUAUAUUUAUAUAAAUAUUUUUUUAGUUUCUUUUAUUUAUUUUAAUAUUAUAAUAUAGGGUAAUUAUUUAUUAAUUGA